AUGCUCAAUGCACACAUGAGUGCUGGACUGACAGCUCAAUUGCCUAAAAUCAAAAGAAGAGGCACAGUUAAGAGAUAUGUCAAUGCAAAUAUUGAUAAGCUCCUUUCUAGACUGUCUCUCGAAUCAGAUGAAAUGGAAGUGGCUGAGGAUUCCAGGCUUAAUCCUUGCAUCAUCUGCUUUUCAAACAGGGGUCAACUUUCCUACACAUCUUGCUGCUCUCAGUCAAUGCAUCAGGAAUGUCGGCUGAGCACUGUAAUUAGUUGCCCACAUUGCAGGUCUGCUGAAUUUGAACUUCAAGAAUUUCCAUUUAACCCAAACAGAGCAUUUAGCUAA